AUGGCAGUGGGGGAUCUCUUCUGUGCUGAGUUCCAGCAUCAGCAGCAGCAGCAGCAGCAGCAGCAACAGGAGCAGCAAGAGGAGCAGCAAAAUCUUCGUCAUUCUAAUUACCAUCAUCAGCAGCAUCAUCCUCACCACCACCAUCAGCAGCAGCACCAGCAGCAGCAGCAGCACCCGCAGCAGCAGCAGCAGCAGCAGCAGCAGCAGCAGCAGCAGCAGGUAACCCUGCACACCUCCCUCAUGGUGUGUUUGCCUCUAUCCGAUCCUGAGGCCCCCCUAGAGCGGCUAGCAGGCUGGCGGCUGCUGCUCUUUGUGGUGCUGGAGUUUGCCUUGUGUAUUGUUUUCUCUGCUCACCCCCCUCCGGAUACACCGCAGCUGCGGCAGAAUCCUAGGGUUAUUCCCCCCCAAACACCAACAGCAGCAACAGCAGCAACAGCAGCAGCAGCAGCAGCAGCAGCAGCAGCACACUGGGAAAAUUUCACCUCGCUACACCACUCUAUACACUCCAACUUUGUGCAGGACCUCUGGGCCUAUCCAAGCCCCAAGCCAGCAGCAGCAGCAGCAGCAGCAGCAGCUGCUGCUGCUGCUGCUGCUGCAGCAGACUUCGUUCAGCAGCAGCAGAAGCAGCAGCAGCAGCAGCAGCAGCAGCAGGUACAGCAGCAGCAGCAGCAGCAGCACGUGCAGUAG